UUCAUGAAUAUGGACAUUAUCCUUUUGUCUUUCCAGACGCAGAACCCUGUGUGGUCUACAAAACAAGAAGUUCCAGACACACAGACCCUUCUUCAAAUUUUCAUUCCCUUGUCGUUUAUCAUUACCCUAAUUAUGGUACUCAUUCUCGUUUUCGCGCGAAGAUCACACACGUGUCCCAAAAGAAAGAGGAGAGACGUCAUCAUCCGAAAUAAUGAGGACAUACAGUUGUUAGAUAGAAUGAACUUUGUGAACAAAAAUCCGACAUAUUUCAUGACUUCACAAGAGAAAGCAGAAGACAAAAAGAUGUCAAUAACAGAGAUCCCAUUCGAAAAAGUGAAGAUUUUAGAGACGGUAGGAGAAGGGGCCUUUGGUCAUGUUUAUAAGGGUUUAUAUUACACCUCAGAUCCCCCUAGUGCAAAUGAUGUGGCAGUAAAAAUUUUGAAAGAAGGAAUGUCAAACGAAGUCAAAGAAGACUUUGAAAGAGAAGUUGAAAUCAUGAGCAACUUUCAUCACGAUAAUAUUUUGAGUCUUCUCGGAAUUAUUACAAAGGAUGUUGGCGAUUCACCGCACAUGAUAUUCGAAUACAUGAUUCAUGGGGAUCUUGCUGAACUUCUUCGCAGAAAUGAUCCGGUGAUGCGAAAGAACGAACAUGAUUUCAAACUUCAAAAAACUGACCUCAUUGAUGUAGCAUUGCAAAUAGCCAAUGGAAUGAAGUAUCUUACGUCACAGCAUUUUGUGCACAGAGAUUUAGCCACCAGGAAUUGUCUAGUUGGAAACGGUCUUACUGUCAAAAUAUCCGAUUUUGGAAUGGCAAGAGAUGUGUAUACUCACGAUUAUUACAAGAUCGGAGGUUCAAGAAUGCUUCCAGUCCGGUGGAUGUCUCCAGAGAGUGUAAAGUACGGCUGCUUCACCAACGAGUCGGAUAUCUGGGCUUACGGUGUUGUUCUCUGGGAGAUUUAUAGUUAUGGUCGACAGCCUUACUAUGGACACUCAAACGAAGAGGUUGUUCGAUUCCUGGACGAAGGUAUACUUUUGCAACGACCAGAAGAAUGCCCGUAUAUCCUCUACCACAUCAUGUUAAGUUGCUGGAAGACUGAUCCAAAAGACAGGCAUUCUUUCUUCAGAAUACACAAGCAUCUGACAGACUUCAACAAGGAAAUAUUGAAAAGUUCCAACUGUAGCAUAGAUUUAUCAGCGACAGAAAAUGUCUGUUAA